GGCCCGGGGAGCGGGCGCGGCCCCGCGGCCAUGCGGGAGCAGCUGGAGCGGAGCCUCGGCGAGUGGCGGGAGCUGGAGGAGGAGUUCCGGCAGCUCCAGGAAACACACAAAGUUUACAGGCAGAAACUGGAAGAAGUCACCAGCUUGCAGACAGCCUGCAGCAGCUCCAUACAGCGGCAGAAGAAGACACUGAGGGACCUGAAGCACAGCCUGCAGCGGUGCAAGCCCAGAGCGAGUCCUGAGGAGUUUGCUCUCAUUCAGGAGAUCAGCAGGCAGAUCAAGGAGAGGCAGAAUGCCUUCUUUGACAUGGAAGCCUACCUGCCCAAGAGGAAUGGCCUGUACUUAAAUCUGGUGCUGGGAAAUGUGAAUGUCACUCUCCUGAGCAACCAGGCAAAGUUUGCAUACAAGGACGAGUAUGAGAAGUUCAAACUUUAUCUGACAAUAAUCUUGUUACUGGGGGCUGUUGCCUGCAGGUGUUUUCUCCACUACAGGGUGACAGAUGAAGUGUUUAACUUUCUGUUGGUGUGGUAUUACUGCACGCUGACGAUACGGGAGAGCAUUCUCAUUAGCAAUGGCUCAAGGAUCAAAGGCUGGUGGGUGUCUCAUCACUAUGUUUCCACGUUCCUCUCUGGAGUGAUGUUAACGUGGCCCGAUGGACUCAUGUAUCAGAUGUUUCGCAGUCAAUUUUUAGCAUUUUCAAUAUUUCAGAGCUGUGUUCAGUUCUUGCAGUAUUAUUACCAAAGGGGCUGCCUCUACAGGCUCCGGGCUUUGGGGGAGAGAAACCACUUGGACCUUACAGUAGAAGGAUUCCAGUCCUGGAUGUGGCGGGGGCUGACGUUUCUCCUUCCCUUCUUGUUCUUUGGGCAUUUCUGGCAGCUAUACAAUGCAAUCACUCUUUUCAGAUUGUCAAGGCACAAGGAAUGCAAAGAAUGGCAGGUUUUUGUGUUGGCUUUCACAUUCCUGCUGCUGUUCCUCGGGAACUUCCUCACUACUCUCAAGGUGGUGCACACUAAACUGCAGAAGAAUAAAGACAAGGUGAAGAAGCUGUGACUGCCCCUGUUCCCAGUGUG